AUGAAGGUUUGCGGUGGAAGAUCGGCAGAUAAAACUCAUUUAUUGUUGGUUCAAGAUAUUUACCACUUAGCUCAAUCAAUUUUCAUCUUUGUGCUAGGAAAUGGAAAUGACGAAAAGGUUUAUAUAUGCGUUGGAAUUGAAAGUAAAGUCGACGAUGAAGUCAUAUAUACACCGAAAAAAGCCGAAUUUGACAUCUUGAAUAUUCAUCAAGCAUUUGAACAAUUGGUUGUCAAUGAUACACCUGGUGCUAAUUUCGUUCAAAAUCGGGAUUAUAAAGAACUUGGACUUCAUCGAAAACAAUUAGCGUAUGAUCAAGUUUUUAAUGAUGAAUGUGAUUUUACUGAAGAAAAACGUAAAGAAUUACUUGUUCAAUAUGGUUGUGAAAAUCAAUUUACAUGA